GAUGGCGUUGCGAUGAACAGCUGAGAGCAACAGCUGACGAGUUGAGACUCUUGACUUGUAGAGAAUAAACGAUUUAUUCAACUGUAAAUUUAAAUAUUUUACUUUCCCUCUGCGUCUUAAUUGUGAGACAAAUAUUUCACGCUACAGUAAUGGUUUUAACUAAAGAAAUAACCAUUCCGAGUGAAGAAGAAUUAACAGUUCAAGAAGUAGAAAUUAGUACCCCAGGACUGAGGGCUGCAUCUUUUCAUAUGGGCAAAGCAUGUGAAAAUGUUAACAAUGAAUUUAUGCUUUGCCGUCAAGAAUGUCAGGAUCCUCGUAAAUGUCUGAAUGAAGGAAAAGCUGUUACUGCCUGUUCCCUUGAUUUUUUUCGCAAGAUUAAAAAGAAUUGUGCAGUUGAGUUCACACAAUUUGCAAAUUGUUUGGAUCGCUCAAGUCCUGAUUUCAGCUUUAAACCGUGUAGAAAAACACAAGCAGUCUUUGACAAGUGUAUGCUUGAUAACUUGAAAAUCGAACGUCCGUAUUUUGGUUACUUUUCUGAAGUAAAAGUUCAUCACACAGAGAGACCAAGACCUGAAGUGAAAAAGCAAGAAUAUCCGGACGCGCCACUACCAGUCCCUGAUGAUUUACCCUUGCAACCAGCUAAGUUUGGCAAGCGUUCACUCUAAUAGAAUAUACCCCAAUACAAAGAUAUGUAUUGAAAAGUAGGAAGACUUGUAAUACAUGAAUGUAAUGAAGACAA